CACGCAGUAGCGCUGCUGCUGUCACGAGCUUGAUCCAGGCAGCAGGGUAAAGGCUCGGAGAAUUAGAAGGGGCAUCAAUUAUAUCAUAAAUAUUCCUCUGUCCGUUUCCCCCGCACGCGUAAAACGCGGCUACGUUUUGUAUCGCUGGCUGACAAACUCCUUACUGGUGCUGUUUCGCUCAAGCGGUGAUGUAUUGCAGCAUUUGAAGGCUAUCGCUAGCCAGCUAGUUGGCUAGCUGUCGAGCUAGCGACUCGAGCAGAACUUAACGGCGUAUUCUCGUACGGUGUUUUCAUCAACGCCUCCUGUUUUUCCCCCCACACAUUUACGAUCGUCCGCGAGAUUGUAGCACCGUGUGACAAUCGGGCAUAAAGUACAUUCCCACUGUAGCCUUGUGUCGUGUUCCUCGCGUUUAAUCCUCACUCGAGAAGGAUUGAAUGAAAUAGCUUGACAUAUAGCCAGCUGAAACGAGCCAGUUAACGGGGAUAAGGUUUAUUCGCCUUGAUCACCACCAUCCAGCGAACCUUCCAGUCCGAGGUAUUUAGACUUCUACAGAUCUGUUCAGAAAUCACCGAAUUAUAAAAGUUUGGGGGAUUUUUUACGAUCGACUGUCAUUGCUGAGAAGCUAGCUAGUCGUCCACUUCAAGUUGUCCAUCGAAGAAGCUGACCAACAGGGGCUAUUUUUCACUUUCAGACCGGAUAAAAACCUGCAAAAAUGCCGGCUGUGUCGAAAGGAGAUGGAAUGCGCGGAUUAGCCGUUUUCAUUUCGGACAUAAGGAAUUGUAAAAGCAAGGAAGCCGAAAUCAAGCGGAUCAAUAAAGAACUGGCCAACAUUCGCUCCAAAUUUAAAGGGGACAAAGCUCUGGAUGGCUACAGCAAGAAGAAAUAUGUCUGCAAGCUGCUCUUCAUCUUCCUGCUUGGCCAUGACAUUGACUUUGGACACAUGGAGGCGGUAAACCUGCUGAGUUCCAACAAGUAUACAGAAAAACAAAUCGGCUACCUGUUCAUCUCAGUACUGGUCAACAGCAAUAGCGAACUGAUCCGUCUGAUUAACAAUGCCAUCAAAAAUGACCUGUCCAGCCGCAACCCAACUUUCAUGUGCCUGGCACUUCACUGUAUUGCCAAUGUGGGCAGUCGUGAAAUGGCCGAGGCCUUUGCCAGUGAAAUCCCCCGCAUCUUGGUUGCUGGUGAUACAAUGGACAGUGUGAAGCAGUCAGCUGCCCUGUGUCUGCUGCGCCUCUAUAAAACUUCCCCGGACUUAGUGCUGAUGGGAGAAUGGACAUCCCGUGUGGUACACCUUCUCAAUGACCAACACAUGGGUGUGGUAACAGCAGCCAUUUCUCUUAUUACCUGUUUGAGCCAGAAGAAUCCAGAUGAGUUCAAGACAUGUGUUUCCCUGGCAGUGUCUCGACUCAGCAGGAUUGUCUCAUCAGCCUCCACUGACCUGCAAGAUUACACCUACUACUUUGUCCCAGCACCAUGGCUCUCUUGUAAACUUCUGCGCCUGCUGCAAUGCUACCCUCCACCCGAAGAUGGCGCGGUGAAGGGUCGUUUGGUGGAGUGUCUGGAAACCAUCCUUAACAAGGCACAGGAACCACCUAAAUCAAAGAAAGUACAGCACUCUAAUGCCAAGAAUGCUAUCCUCUUUGAGGCAAUCUCUCUUAUCAUCCACUACGACAGUGAGCCAAAUCUGCUGGUGCGAGCCUGUAACCAGCUGGGUCAGUUCCUGCAGCAUCGGGAGACUAACCUGCGCUACUUGGCUUUGGAAAGCAUGUGUACUCUGGCCAGCUCAGAGUUUUCUCAUGAAGCAGUCAAGACACACAUUGAAACUGUCAUAAAUGCACUCAAGACUGAGCGGGAUGUUAGUGUUCGACAAAGAGCAGCAGAUCUGCUGUACGCCAUGUGUGAUCGCAGUAAUGCCAAGCAGAUAGUAGCUGAGAUGCUCAGCUACCUUGAGACAGCCGACUACUCCAUCAGAGAGGAAAUGGUGCUCAAAGUGGCUAUCCUGGCCGAAAAGUAUGCUGUUGAUUACUCCUGGUACGUCGACACUAUUCUUAACCUCAUCCGCAUCGCUGGCGAUUAUGUCAGUGAAGAAGUAUGGUACCGUGUCAUCCAGAUCGUCAUCAACCGUGAUGAUGUGCAAGGCUACGCUGCCAAGACCGUCUUUGAGGCCUUGCAAGCCCCAGCAUGUCAUGAAAACAUGGUGAAAGUUGGAGGCUAUAUUCUUGGAGAGUUUGGUAACCUCAUUGCAGGUGACCCCCGUUCCAGCCCACUGGUCCAGUUCAACCUUCUUCACUCAAAGUUCCACCUAUGCUCUGUACCCACUCGUGCCCUUCUGCUGUCAGCCUACAUCAAGUUUAUCAACUUGUUCCCAGAGACCAAGGCCACUAUCCAGGAGGUUCUUCGCUGUGACAGUCAGAUUCGCAACUCUGACGUAGAGCUGCAGCAACGUGCCGUCGAGUAUUUGAAGCUAUCUUCUAUUGCCAGCACAGAUGUAUUGGCCACUGUUCUGGAGGAGAUGCCUCCUUUCCCUGAGAGGGAGUCUUCAAUCUUGGCUAAGCUUAAGAAGAAGAAGGGGCCCGGUGCAGUGUCUGUGACAGACCUGGAGGACAGCAAACGGGAAGGUGGAGAGCUGAACGGAGGUAGCGAAAGGGGCCAAGACCCAUCAGCCAUGGCUGCCUCCAAUGCUUCAACUCCAUCACCGUCAGCAGACCUUCUUGGAAUUCGAGCAGGACCUCCUGUUGGUGCCGCUCCAACCAGUGCUGGCAGCCUGUUGGUGGAUGUGUUCUCUGAAGCUGGGCCAACGGCACCCUCUGCAGCAGUGAAUGACGACGGCUUCCUAAGAGAUCUGGAACAGCCCACCGAGACCUCUGACUCCCUUUUGGUGGAGGGUUCUGGUGACUCGGACUCUGCUCCUCCUUCUGAGGAUCCUGCUCCCCCUCUGUCUGAAGCUGAUGAACUCCUUAACAAGUUUGUUUGCAAGAACAACGGUGUUUUGUUUGAGAAUCAGCUCUUACAGAUUGGCAUCAAGUCAGAAUAUCGCCAAAAUCUUGGGAGAAUGUACUUGUUCUAUGGUAACAAGACUUCAGUGCAAUUUGCCAGCUUCACCACCACGGUCACCUGUCCUGGGGAGCUCCAGUCUCAGCUUAACGUUCAAACCAAACCAGUGGAACCACUGGUAGAGGGAGGAGCCCAGAUCCAGCAAGUCCUCAACAUUGAGUGUCUAACAGAUUUUUCCGAUGCUCCACUACUCAACAUCAAGUUCAGAUAUGGAGGAGCUCUGCAGAACUUGAGCCUCAAGCUGCCUGUCACCAUCAACAAAUUCUUUCAGCCAACUGAAAUGUCCUCAAAUGAUUUCUUCCAGCGUUGGAAACAACUUAGCCAGCCUCAGCAAGAAGCACAAAAGAUUUUCAAGGCCAACCACAGCAUGGACACAGAAGUACUCAAGGCUAAGCUACUGGGAUUAGGAGCCGCCCUGCUGGACAAUGUUGAUCCAAACCCAGAGAACUAUGUGUCUGCUGGAGUGAUCCAGACCAAGGGUCAGCAAGUUGGCUGUCUGCUAAGACUGGAGCCCAAUGCUCAGGCUCAGAUGUACCGACUCACUCUGCGCUGCAGCAAAGACUCUGUGUCAAGGCGUCUCUGCGAGUUGCUGGCCCAACAGUUCUAGAAUAGCCAGAGUUACAGAAUUUUAUCAAGACCAGUACCACCAUCAGCGAGCCCUCCCAUCUUUUUCUCCUCUUCCCAACAAAGGUUCUUUAAUUACAAAAAAGGUGUAACCUACAUAAGGGAAAAAGCAGUCACCGCGAGCAACGGUGACCAUAUUAUCGUCAUUAUUCUAAUUCAUCAAUUUGUUUAUUAACAAAAUGCUACAUUAUCGUUUUUUUUUUCUUCAUGGUGUUUACCUGUGUAGCUGGUGUGUGUGUGUGUGUGUGGCCAGGACUGUGCGGGUGUGUGCGUGCGUGUGUGUUGCGCGUGUUUCCCACUGUGUGCUGCAGUCCUAUUCUGCUUUAUCCUGGCUGCUCUGUAUUACUGAUGCGAAAUGUACAGUGUGCGUGUGUGUUUUUUGAUUUAUUUUUGAUCAAUUGAUAGAUCAUUCCUUGGUGAGAAACGGGAGAUAUUCUUCACACUUGCACGCAUUUACUCCCAGCAUAUUUACACACACCCCCAAAUGUAAGUGGUUCCUUGCGGCCCUCAUCGGGUCCUAUAAUGAAGGGAGACCUGAAGGUCCAGCACUCUUAAUUUCAAGCAUUCCCCUUUUUCAUUGGCCAGUGAAAAUGCACUUAAGGCUAUUGGGAUCCUAUGGGAGACCCUCCAGCAUGAGCCCCUUUGUGUGAUCAACCUGAUUCCUCUCCUGGGGCUUUGUAAUGAGUAGCUCUACAUUUCAAUGACCUUGAUGGUUUGUUUGUUGAUGUGUCUGUAAAUAUGCCGCAGUGUGUUACUUUAUAUUGCUUUCAUAGACAUUCCCAUCUAGCUUGUGGCUAAGAUGAUCUAGCCCAGGCUGCCCAUGUAGACGAAUGGUAGUCAAUGAGAAUGACGGUGACUGACACAGGGUCGACUUUUUCAGAGUUGAAACCGUUAGGACUUCUUUUUUCCCCACUGCCUGGAGGGAUGUCCAGGUAUAACAUUCGCUGCUCUACUGUACAACCUAAACAUUUUUUGAAGAGAUGCCUACUUGUCUUUUGGAGACAUGCUUCUUUUUUUCCUUUUUUUUUUUUUUUUUUUUAAAUCGAACACUUAUUAUUAUAUUUUCUAUAACCAUCAGAUAAAAUGGUCCUAAUCAUGUUAAGUUGGAGUUGAUGUGCUCCAAAGUCUAUUUGAGAAUCUUGUGGAAAAUGGAAAACGAUAAUGAAUAAAUGAUGCAUAAAACUUUUUUUCAACAGUCAGCGAGACGGCGGCGCUUUUCUCCUAGCAUCAGAAAUCCAUCCAAAUAUUUUUAUUCACGCAUCUCCAGUUUUGAUAUUGUUUUAUCGGGCUUCCUCUUGGAUGCAGUAGCAGUAGUCAUGUAGUGGAAAAGUACUAGAGUUGUCCAUUAUAAUUACAGGGAACUUUGUUCAUAUGAGAACUGGAAUUGGAAGCAGGUAAUAAAAUGAAAUCCUUAAGAUAUUUCGGAGACACAUUACAAUCUGCUGCCGCAACGCAAUCACAAGACAUUGUAGUGGAAAGCGUAGUCAUUUUUUUGUCGUGUGUGUGUGUGUGUUUGUGCGUGUGUGUCUAUGCAGUAUCCACUAGCUAAUACAGCCUCAUGUAUUGAUGUUAAAAAUGUCCAAUACCUGUGUUAGAAUUAAGAUUUACUCUGUAAUGAAAAAUGUGAAAGUAAAACUAUGCCAUAUAUCAGUCA